CCCGGAUUCGCUUAGCAGCAAUCCGCACCUUACCGGAUCGGGCGGGUGCAACCACAAACGUCGCCUCCAUCCACCGUCUGGCAACCCCCUUCACUCCAACCACUAUCCCAUCCCAUCCCCCGAAAAGGAGAGGUCAGAUCCCGUUCGUCGUCGAGGUUUCUGCCUGUGUCGACUCUCCCCCGCCCGUUCCGUCGGACCGAAUUGCUGCGAUAACAGAGAGCCUUCCCCGGAAGGCCCCGCAUAACACAGGCGUCAUGGCGGAGAUCCGCUCCAAGAACCUCUACGAGCUUCUUGGCAAUGACCCUGAACUCGACCCCAACAGAGCUCCUGAGCCUCCCACGAAGGCUGUAGACAGGCCCGCUCCCCGCGUUGGCAAGCGUGAUGCUCCCAAGGAGGUCACCAGCCAGCCCCGUGAGAACAACAACGCCCGCCGUGGUGGCCGUUUCACCGGCAACGAGGCCGCUUUCCGUGACCGCAACGCCGGCAGAACCAACAACCGUGAGAAGCCCACCGAGGAUGGCAAGGACGCCCAACGGCGUGGAUUCCGCGCCCGCGAGGACCGUGGUGAGCGUGUUCGCCACGACCGCCAGUCCCGCACCGGCCAGACCGACACCCGCAAGCAGGUGAAUCAGGGCUGGGGCAACCAGAGCGGCGAGAAGACCUUGGACGAUGAGAAGGCCGGUGAGAACAUUGCUCACAACGAGGAGAGUGAGCCCCAGACUCCCGCCGAGGAGGCCCAGGAGCCCGCCGACAAGUCCAAGUCUUACACCGACUACCUUGCCGAGAAGGCCGCCCAGGGUGACCUGAGCGCCAAGCCCGUCCGUUCCGCCAACGAGGGCAGCAAGCUCGACAAGAAGUGGGCUGCCGCCAAGGAGCUCAAGCGCACCGAGGAGGACGAGUACUUCAAGGGCAAGGAGGACAAGGCCAAGCGCGAGAAGCAGCGCAAGGAGAAGAACGUCCUCGAGGUCGACAUGCGCUUUGUCGAGGCUCCCCGUGGUGGUGCCAACGGUCCCCGUGGCCGUGGUGGCCGUGGUGGUCGUGGUGGCCGCGGUGGCCGUGGUGCUGGUCCCCGUACUGAGCGCCCCGCCGGCGCUGCCCCCGCCACCGCCGCCGUCUCCGUCGACGAGAAGAACUUCCCCAGCCUUGGCGGUAAAUAAAUGCAGCCAUGCCUGCCGCAUGAGCCAUCCUCUCCCCGUCCUCGCUAGCACUUAGGUAGUCGAAAUCAGGGAUCGAUGAGAUGAAAACGAAAAAGAAGUGUGUCUGAACCGGGGAACUCGGAAAGAGGGGAAAGAGGGAAAAACCGGGAACAAGAGAAAAAGAGACAGACCAAAAAAAAAUCCAAAGGUUAUGUGCAAAUGGCCUCCCACGCAAUCUAUCUAACUUAUGGUACGUACGGUAUGGAUGAUGAUGCCAGGAAAUACUCUUUUUUUUUUUCUUUCUUCCGUCUCUUCUCUUUUUCCGAUAUGCU